UCCAAAGCUACAUAAAGUACACAAAACAGGACUGGCAAAAAGAAUAAGUAAUUAUGGUACACCAAGAGAAGUGUGGGCUUUAUAUAGGUUACUGUACAAAUCCGUGUAAGGACCUUGCGAGCUGGUCUGCAUACUCCAGUACCCUUCUACUUCCCUCACUGCAGUAACACGCUGAUUUCUGACACAGCCUGGAGUCUGUGGCUCUCGCAUUGACAACUUACAUUACUUCGGGACAUUUUUGUCAGACUUCAUCCAAACUACAAAAAAAUAACUCAAAUUACUGUAUUACACUGCAAGUUAGCCGCCCAGAAAUACAAAAAUUAAAUAUGCUACAAAAAUUAGCGCAUCACAGAUAUAAAAAAGCAAUAAAUAUUAUUAAUGUAGCGUAGGCCUAACGUAGCGUAUAGAAUUAAGCAUUCACGCAUGCACUACGUGGUCAGUAGUGUACGUUGCUUAAGAGUAAUACAGAAAUCACGCGCUAAGUGGUAGCGGCUAGUAAAAGAUAGCUGUCAAGACUUUCCAGUUGUAAAAAAAAAAAAAAAAAAAAAAAAAAAAUACACAAAACGAUGUAUAUUUCGAGUUUACUCUUUAAGUUCUCGUAUUUGUGCGGUUAAUGCAACACAAAACGGCACUGAAAAUCGCAAAUACCAGCAUAACGUGUCUUCAUUUCACUUUAGCUAAGCUAGCUAUACUUAUGACGCCGCUCCGACAAAGCGCCCAGCUCCACCCACCGCAGAGCUCUACUGCAGUGGACAUAUAUAGUGGCGAAAGCACAAGCAAGUUAACAUUUAAAACAUACAACAAAGGCUCAGUGUGCACCAUAUCGCUAUUCAAUCAAACAAAAUUGAUUAAAUUAAUUUCAAAGUUACAAUUCGUACAGAAAAGUGCCGUUUUUCUUCACAGCACUCGCCGCCGUCCAUCCCCACCCACUGAAGCCCCGAGCGGAACAGCCGAGCUCGAGGUGUAGUUUUUUUCUCUCGCGAGGAAGGACGCCAUUAUCGGAAUCGCACAAACAACACGAGAAUUCACCCCUCAAACGGCCAUCUUGUUGUGGAUGAUACACAUUAGGAAGUCGGCGUAUGGCUUUCCAUCUCCAUCAUCCACCUACUGCUUAUCAAUGAUUGUUUAGGGCAUUACAGAGGUGCUCUGUAAUUAUUGCAUUGCUUGGUUUGUAGCAACAGCAGUCUUCAUGAUGUCAGAGCAGGAGCUGGAAGAGAUGGUUCAAAUUGCAGUGGAAGACUUGACUCCAGUGGAACCAUCUGGUGUGAUUGCUGCAGUUGUGCUGGAGAAUCAUGAAGAUGGCGAUGACAAACCAGAGAGGAAACGUCCACGUAUGGAGAUAACAUGUCAAGAUGGAUCUCUGAAGACUAUGUUAUAUUCCUUCAACCAAACUAUCUGUCAGCGGCUUGAGGCUAUUGAGGCAAAGCUGCAGGUACUGGAGGCAGUCUGUAGAACACUAGAAGAGAAGGUGGAUGUGGUGGUGAACAAGAACCAGGGGCCCAUUCAAGUGCCCAUGGUGGCUGGGUCUCCAUUGGGUGCCACACAGACCUGGAACAAAGUUCGAUGUCUCGUCCCACAGACAAAUGUAAUUGUGAGUAAUGACCGGCAGAAGGGAGCGGGACAUGAAGAUGGGUCUAUGCAUGCAGCAGAGUCACUGGAAAACCUUCUCAGCAAUACGGUGAGUGGACGAAGGCAGAACACUAUCCUGGUGAAGGUUCCAGCCCCAGAUGACAGUCAAGAGGACGUGGAGAGUGGUUCAGAGGCCAGUGAUUCAGUAUCUAACAGUGGCCAAGCCUCUGGCCAGGCUGCCAACAAUGUCACACUCAUUACGCUAAAUUCUGAAGAGGACUACCCUGGGGGUACUUGGCUUGGUGAUGAAAACAAUCCAGAGAUGCGUGUGCGGUGCCCUGUGUCCCCAGCAGACAUGCUGCACAUCAGCACUAACUGUCGCACAGCUGAGAAGAUGGCACUGACGCUGUUGGACUACUUGUUCCACCGAGAAGUGCAGGCUGUCUCUAACCUCUCUGGGCAGGGGAAACACGGCAAGAAACAGCUGGACCCCCUAAUGAUUUAUGGCAUCCGCUGUCACUUGUUCCACAAGUUUGGUAUCACGGAAUCGGACUGGUAUCGGAUCAAGCAGAGCAUUGACUCCAAGUGUCGAACAGCGUGGCGGCGUAAGCAGCGGGGGCAAAGCCUGGCUGUCAAGAGCUUCUCCCGUAGGAACCCUGUCUCUCAGACCUCCUCAGAAGGCACUGCUGCGGCCAGUGCAUCUCAAACAGAGAACUCUGCCCAGCAGGCACUGCACUACGCUCUGGCCAACACCCAGCAGGUGCAGAUCCACCACAUAGGACAGGAUGGACAAGUACAAGUGAUUCCUCAGGGACACCUCCACAUUGCUCAGGUUCCUCAAGGGGAACAAGUCCAAAUCACACAGGACAGUGAGGGAAAUCUCCAGAUCCAUCAGGUUCACGUGGGCCAGGAUGGACAGGUUCUUCAGGGGGCACAGCUGAUUGCUGUGGCCUCAGCAGAUACUGGGGCAACAGGAGUGGAGGGCACAUCGCUGCAGGCCAGUGACAUCCAGGUGCAGUAUGUCCAGCUGGCACCUGUUGCUGACCACACCACUGCUGUGCAGGGUGCAGAGGCACUGGGACCUGCCCUGCAGGCUGACAUGGAGAUGAAGCAUGGAGCUAUUCAGAUCCAACAGGGAGAGAAUGGGGAAGUCGUGCAGAUCCAGAUGCCAGUGAACACUGUAACCACCUGAAGAGAAGUCGGACCAUCUUUUGCCAGCAGUGACCGGCAGGAACUUGGACUUGGCUCAACAUGAAGAGUACGGGAGCAAUGUGUGUCUAUUCUAAGAAAACACAAAGUUUGGGUUGAUAAAUUUAGAACAAGAACUUUUUUGCGUUGCAGAUUUUCCCAGGAUAUUUAUCAAAGCAAUUCUGGUUGCUUUCAUAAUGUGAUUAAAGACACAGCAGAAAUCCCUUUGAAAUACAAAAAAGUACAAUUAUGAAGGAAUACCUUAACCACUUCUUCACAUUGCUGUCUCUCUGCUUUUUUGGGUUAGGUGUUAAAGAUAUGUUCAAAGCAGUUGUUUUCAACAGAUUUCUGGAAAAGAUAUGAAUGCAAGCUAAAUGUAUAUUGGCACAAAAACAAUUUUGGCUCUUGCUACAAAAAAUAAAUUCAAGAUGUUGGUUUAGGCAUCGCUGAUAGGCCAAGACAUUUGCAGAACAGAGAUGCAGAGGCAAUGGAUUCAUAGUUUUCUAUGAGUUUCAUAGCAGUUUAUCUACAGCUUGAUCAGCAAAAAGGGGUUUGUUUAUUAUUACUGACCAUUGCACCUUUCAAGCAGCUCUUCAAAGAGUUUAACAGCUCCACUGUUUUGACGACAGACUCUGCUUGGUCUUCGUUCUGUUAUCCAGAUUUUUUAAGGACACAUUUAUACAGCAAGAGCAGAGAACUCAUUCCAAGCUAAAAAGGUUUCUCAAAAAAGCUAUGAACAAUUUAGUUUUGUUUGACAUUUUUUGCUUCUGAGAAACUCUGACUGUGGUUUGUAAUUUUAUUGUUAUCCUUGUUUCGUUUGACAUUCUUUGUUAUAUCUUGCUUAAAUGUGUAUUUAGCAUUUCUAGGAGAUAGAAUAGCAGUGGAUGGAUAUCUGAAAUACAAAGAAAAAAGAUGUUUUUCGUUCUUUUGUGCUGGAAAUUUAUUCAGAUUAAUAAAACCAUUUUAUAGAGGGCACAGAAA